AUGCCUCCGAGUGAAUCAUUUCUCCUUCCAACAGAAAACACAUGUGGUCAUGGUCAACGAAAAAAAUCUUAUCAGGCCGCUGUCAAUGAUGAAGUACAAAGCUCUGUUGCGUUAUCCGAAAACGAAUCAAAAGCUGGAAAAGAUGGAUACUCCCUACUGCGACAACCUUUGCAUAAGUCCAGUUGGGAUCCAAAGGUCGACCCAGUCUUUGAAGCUCCGUCCUCGUUGAACGAAAAGAGCCAACAACAACAGAACAAUGACUGGUGGGCGGGAAAGAUACAGCCUAAAUCGAGACCAGAGUCUUCAAUAGCGAAAGUAGAAUUGCCAACUGAAGAUUUCACGCCUCAAGGAGAAAUGCUUGACCUUUUCCAGCGCUCGAUUGAUACUAUUGAUUUUCCUUUCGUCAUCCAUGCUUUGGUGGAUGAAUGCCUUUCACUCCCUGGAAAGAAACGGGCACAAGAAGCACUUGCGCACCAAAUGAAUAAAGAUAUAAAACCGAAAGAUAAAGAGUCUGCUACAAAGGUAGCAAAUCGGCCACUGGUUGCGACUUCUCCUGACGGCGUACGCGCACGAUACAAGGAGGUUCAGGAAAUGCAAUGGUUGUUGGACGAAUUUCUGGAUCUUGGAAAUCCAUCAUACAAGAAUCGUCUAAACUACAAAGUGACAAUUGGUAGGGGCAACCCGCCUCCAUUGGAAGGGGUGUCCUUCGACUUAGAUUCAAUACUCGAGAUAAUGGAGAACGACAAUGUUCUCGAGGGCCCGGAGCUUUUAGACGUCUGGACGAUGAUGAAUGCCUUUCAAGACCUACAGCUAUGGAGCAAUGGAUUGCGAAAGAUAGAGGCGAAAGAAUUCGUCGCUCUUCCAGGUCUAUUGGAAGGCAUGCAGCUCAAUGACACACUUCAUGAUCUGUUAGAUGAAGCGUUCGAUGAACGGGGCAGCCUUUCAAGCAAGACAUUUCCAACGUUGGGACGGCUUCGGGAAAAGAUCAAAACCCUAAAAACUGAGAUAUUGUCCACCUUAGACUCCCUUGUGAACAUGCCUUCGGUGAAAUCCAAAUUGGAAUUGGAGAGUGGUGGCCCUCUGUACUCCGAAAUAUCGAACGGAGGAGGCAGGCUCGUUAUCCCCAUGAAGCCCCGAUAUGCUUCGCAGUUCGGGAUUGUUCAUGAUUCUUCAAGAUCUGGCAAAACAGUAUAUGUAGAACCCAGUGAAAUUAUCACUCCUACAAACGAGUUACGCCAAACUGAAGCAGAGCUCCGGUCUGAAGAAGCUCGUGUUUGGCGUUACUUGACCGAUCAAGUUUGGAGCAACCGCUACGAUUUGAAGGAUGCAGUCGAAGCAGUGGGUCAGGUGGAUCUUACACUAGCAAGGUGCUUACUUGGAGCCAAAAUCGGCGGUGUCAUCCCCGAAGUCGGGAACGAGGGGAUCAUUUCUUUAAAAAAUGCAAAGCAUCCUGUUCUUCUACUUCGCAAAAUUGAUAAUGUUGUCGGUUCUGAUCUCGACCUUGGUGCGAAUGGAAAUCAGGGACUUGUUCUUACCGGACCCAACUCUGGUGGGAAAACUGUAAUCUUGAAGCUUUUGGGGCUUGCCGCAUUAUUGGCCAGAACUGGAAUUCCUGUUCCUGCUACACCUUCUUGUCCAGGCUACGAGCCAAGAGUGGACUAUUUUGAUCCAGUACUUGCAGAUAUUGGAGACAUACAAAGCGUUGGAUCCGAUCUAUCGACGUUUUCAGGCCACCUACUUGUGUGUCGUGAGGUAUUGGCAAAUUCAGGCAAGGAUGCCUUGGUGUUGAUGGAUGAGGUUGGCUCAGGUACAGACCCGGCCCAGGGUGUGGCCAUUGCACAAGCACUUCUCGAGGCACUUUUGGCAACUGGAUGCCGCGUUGCAAUCACAACGCACUAUAUGGCGUUGAAGCAGCUCGCAGCAUCUGAUGAUAGGUUUUCAGUUGGAGGUAUGCAAUUUGUCAAGGGUCGUCCAACCUAUAAGCUUCUUCCUGGCACUGUUGGUGAGUCAUUUGCGAUCUCUGUCGCUGAGCGACUUGGACUUCCUCAACCAGUGAUUGCCAGAGCAAAUGAACUGUUGGAUUCAGAGACGCGCCAGAUGGGGGACCUCAUCCGAGAUUUGGAAGAUCAGAAAGCAUUGAUUGAUGAGAGGGUAGAAGAGUUGGAACAGAAGCAAAAUGAAAUGAAGGUUAUGGAGCAAAAGAUGAAAGAGGAACAGAAUAAGCUGGAAAGAAAAAUGCUUACUGCACGGCGAGACGAAGCAAAAAAGUUUGCGAAGGCAUUAGAAGAGAAGGAAGCGAUCCUCGAAGAUGUAUUGAAAAAGCUCAAGUCCGAUCCAUCGAAGAAGUUGGUGGCAAAGAGCUGGGAUGAUAUCAGAUUUGUGAAACGGGAUGCUAUAAGUGAGGCAGAAAAUGUCCCUAGUGUCCUGAGGGCAAAGAAGAUAGCAAAGGAAACGCUGCAAGAUGCACAAGCAGAACUAGUUCCCAUACAAGAAAUGCGGGAACGUCCCGAGCUGAAGGAAGGCGACGAGCUGAUUGUUUGCAAGAUUGGUCCGCUUUUCCAACGUCAAGCGAUUGUUGAGAAGAUUCUAGGUCGACAGGUACAGGUCAAAGUCUCGGGUGUAACUAUGGCGAUGAAGUUGACUGAUGUUGCAUUAAAACCAGCUGAUGUUGCAUUAAGACCAACUGUCUCCAAUUCCUCAUUCAACUUGAAGACGCCUUCGAAGGGCUCGAAACUGUCGAAAACAGCUGAAAGGGCUCUGAAAAGUGAAAUGAAAAAGGCGCCUGCUUCAGUAGAUCCUGCCAAACCAAAGCAGACUAUCGUGAUUCGAACAGAAUCAAAUACCGUGGACGUCAGAGGUUGUAAUUUUGAAGAGGCGAAAGAUCGUAUCAGAACCAAAAUCUCCAAAGCAAUCAUUAAUCAACGGGGAGCCAUAUUUGUUUUACAUGGACAUGGGACUGGUGGAGUUUUGAAGACUAAGUUACGGCGGUGGUUUCAGUCUGAGAAGAAAUUGGUGAAGCAAUGGGGGGCAGCAGAACAGAGUGAUGGGGGAGACGCAUUUACUCGAUUAGAACUCAACUAG